CUGAUGAGAGGGAUGCAACAAUGCUCGGCUUCCAGAGAUAAGUUUGGACAAACAAAAACCCGCGCAAAAAAUCCGUUCAAUGUGUCUUCUUGAUUUUAGAUGGCCUCAAGGCAAGGAAUUUACUGUGAUAUCACAGAUCAUAUCAGACUUUGAUUUGCUAAUAAAUACCAAGAAGGUGUGACUUUGUAACUCUAGGAUCUGACAACAUUCAGUGGGUUGACAUUCAACAUGAACGACCAACUGUCGGAGCACCUUCCUCGGAUUGCAAUUCUGAAGUCGAAGAUCCCUUGGGAACGGCUCCCCGUGAUUUUCAAGCUACAUAGCCAAGUGACAGUUGUCGGGCUGUUGGUGGCCACGUUUCUCGUGUCAACCUACGGCUUCGUCGACAGCUCGGACUCGGCCAUUCAAUGCUACAACGGAAAGACUCCUUUACCAGAAGAAGACGAAGACGAAGACGAAGAGGAUGAAUGUGAAAAACACGACACCAACCAAAUCCUCAACAGGUAUUGUUGGAUAUCCAGCACAUUUACACUACCCAAGCACUUCAACGGGGUUGCGGGCCAAGACUUUCUUUAUCCGGGCAUUGGGCCGUUCAAGGAAGCGGAUGAGCGGAUCUACCACGCCUACUAUCAAUGGGUGCCAUUCGUCCUCUUCUUUCAGGCCUUGUGCUUUCUCGCUCCGUUUAUCUUGUGGAAAUCCUUGGUGGGAGAAAAGAUCGAGAUUCUGGUGAAAAAUGUAGUCGGCAGGUUCUCAGUUCGCGACAAAAAGACCAGUUAUGAUAUACAACAACUGGCAAAUUACUUUGUGCAACGGAAAAAAUUCAACAGCCAAGAACACCAAACAUGGGCCAGAAAUUUCGUAGUGUGCGAAUUUCUCAAUUUGAUCAACGUUGUAGGCCAGCUCUUUUUGAUCAACGUCUUCCUUGGCGGAAAUUUCUUUAAUUAUGGAUUGGAGGUUUUAUCCUUUCCGUCUUUGAACCCGGAGGAACGGGUGGAUCCUAUGUCAAUUUUGUUCCCCACAAUGACCAAAUGUAUUUUCCACCAAUUCGGCCCUUCUGGUACUUUGGAGAAAGUGGACUCUCUGUGCAUUUUGGGUUUGAAUAUCAUCAACGAGAAAAUAUUUCUCCUCUUAUGGUUUUGGUUUAUCCUGUUGGCUUUUGCGACCCUCAUCGAUUUCCUCAUUAGAUUGGGGCAAUGGAUCAUUCCUAGCACAAGAAUCUGGUUCUGUCCUUGGAAUAAAAACAACCUUAAUGUGCGCCUACAAUUCGGAGAUUGGCUACUUCUCGACAAUAUAUCUAAAUACAUGGAACCAUCCAAUUUUGAGGAGCUCCUGUCCAAUAUAUGCCAAGGACUUGACGAGCCAGAAAAAAGUCAAAGUCAAGACCCAUUGAUAAGCGAUCAACGGGCGGAGAAUUGGUGUUGAUUUUGAAAUGAUGUGCAAGUAUUUGUCAAGGGUUUUGACACGAUAUGACCAGUUUUCUACAAAAAUAUUCGACACGUGUGCGAAUA